CAUCUCCUUGGGCAGCCUCUUCCAAUGUUUAACAACCCUUUCUGUGAAGAAACUCCUCCUGAUGUCCAAAAUUCCUCCUGAUGUGGCUUGUUGUGCCACGCUUCCGUGCUCAGACCUGUUUCAGCUGUGACUCAUCAUUGCUGGCUCUGCCGGUCAACAAAGUGAAACAAAAUGUUAAUAUCACAGCUGAGUUCCCAGUUACUGAAGGCUUCGAGAAUUGCAGGCCACCUUUUGCCCAGGUCUGUGUCUUCCUUCCUUUGCUGCCGCUCCACGUCCGCCCACUACAGCACCCAGCCCCCCAACACGAGCGGGGCCCAGCCCCAGCAGUGGCACACCCUGGACCCUGAGCUGGAGGAGAUCCUGAUUCCCAGGAAACUCUCCAUCAGCCCCUUGGAGAGCUGGCUGUCAGUGAGAUAUUCCCUUCCCCAAGCAGAGGGGGCUCAGGAGGAGGUGGGCCAUGAGCCCCCCCAGGGGUCCGAGUGCCCCCCGCCUGCCGUGGGGGAAGGAGGGGGAGCCCCCGGGGGGACAGUGCAGUGCAAGAACGUCCUCAAGAUCCGCAGGAGGAAGAUGAACCGCCACAAGUACAAGAAGCUGCUCAAGAGGAGGAAGUUCAUCCGCAGGAGGAUAAAGGAGGGGCGCAAGAAGAGGCGUCAGAUAAAAUUCGAGAAGGAUUUGGAGCGCAUCUGGAAAAGGGCUGGUUUGAAAGGCCCUCCUGCAGGCUGGCAAACACCCAAGAUAUUCCUGAGGAGUUCAAAGCGAUAAAACCCCACCUGUCAUGAGUUUUGACCUGUAAUUGUAAUUAAAAAAAAAAAUAUUGCAGUACCUGGAUGACAUUUACCCUUUCUCUGAACGUGAUGAAAUGAGCAGGAAGGAGUUUUCCAAGCACAGACCUGAGGGGAAUCUGCUUUUCCUCCCCAGAGGAGUGGUGUGAGCUCUUUGUGUGGUGGUUUGGUGCUGCUCUGUGCUCUGUGUCUGAGCAAAGGUGUCCUGGGGCUGCAGCUGAAUUUCUGGAAUUCCUGUUUGAUUAAUUAGAGCAUAAGAACAAUCAGCUGUGGGAGAUGGGAUCAGUGGAAGGAUCCUUCUUGAUUGUAUAUAUGACACAAGCAUUUGGAAAAGGUCAAAACUGCAUUCUCUCAUAGCCUUAUUUCAGAAAGGCUGGUGUUUUCUAAGAAUUCUGGGGAGAUAGGGGUUGGAUCAGAAUUCCAUAGGAUGUGUCUGUAUCUGCAAAAGCUUUAUCUGAAGCCUUGGUGUGCAUGUGCCUUAGGCAUUGCAUGGACAACCUUAAAGGCACAUUUGUGCUCUAUUUUGUGCUAAUAAAAAACUGUUAUUUUUGUUUUCUUUGAUUGACCCCUGUCACACAGAACAUCCAGGUCUUGGUAUCAAUAAAAGCUCAGAGCUAAUUAUUCGUUAACUA